CGAUAAUAUUUGAAAUACGAACAAACAAAUGUCUUCAACAGUCAUCAUCACGUUAUUAAUAAUCAAAUCCUUACACGCAUCAUGGCCGAAUCCAGAAAACGAUACACUUAUAUACAUAGCAAAUCCAGUGGAAGCAGAUUUACCAGGCCACUGGAUGCCUCUGAGCGUCAUGAAGAUAAUCCUCGGAGGAACUACGAAAACCACAGCAAAGAAAUUAAAACAAACGCUAGCAACAACAGUGCCAAUGACAAGACCAACAGUUAAGAUUACAACAGUGAAAAGGUUUGAGGCACUAACGGAGCCUGUUACGUCAACAACAGAAACGUUACCACCUCCUAAAGAAACAGACCCACCAUUAACAACUGAGGCUACAAUUGCAGCUACAACUGAAGCUAUAACUGAAGCUACAACCGAAGUUACAACCGAAACUACAACUGUAGCUCCUCCGCCACCAGCAUCUGAAGAACCUCCACCUCCACCUCCGCCAAUAACCACACCAACUUCUACUACUACUGAAGCAACUACUACUACUACUGAAGCAACAACAACAAAAACAACUACUACUACAACAGUUCCCCCUCCAACAACCAAGAAGGGACCUCCUCGAAAACCAAAACCGGCCACUGAUGGACAUGAAAAUUUACCUAGUUAAAAUAACACAAAGCAAAAAUAAAUUAUCAAAAUUU